AUGACUUCCCAACCAUCAGAAUUAGUUCAAGAUUCGUUUUCUCCUGCCAUCGGCCCCAACUCCGGAGGCUCUCCUCAACAUGAGACAAGAUACUUUUCGUCGAAAAGGGCUCGCGAAAUUCAAGCCGAAGAAGGCAUUACUUCGCCCUAUCGCUCUUCUGCGCUCCCGCCCCCAUCGUUCUCAACUAACGGAGCUUUUAACAGCGGAACGCUCUUGUCAGAUUCGAAUUCCGGCUCGACCAUUGAUUUUUUAAAGCCAGUCGGAAGCAAAACUGUUGCCAAUUCAAACGGGAGUAACCAGGGUCAUCUAUCGCCGUUUCCUGCUCCUCUGCGUCGCGCUCGUGCAGAUACCUUGCCAACGUCUCUGUCAGGUAGCAGACCGCCGUUCAACCUUAGUCACCAUCCAUCCUCUUCUUUGUCUGUGUCAACUGGUCCGACUACACCGACAAUGCCAACUCCGACUACUGGAGAAUUGCUUCAUGGCGACGAGAAUAAUACAGUCGGGAAAACUUUAGAUUACUUGGGUCUAGAUGUUCACGAUAAUAGUAGCCUUUCUAAAAUGUCUACUAGCUCUGGUGCUUUACCCCAGAUUAAAGUGGAUUUGAAGGCUCCUACCAAUGCUACUUAUGGUUCCGGUCCAAGUAUCGCAACUAUUCCAUCGCUGCGUCGUGAUGCGAAUCGUAUUAGGUCUUUUUCUGUAUCUGCUGCUCCUAAAUAUGACGAUCAAUUACAAACUAGCGCUAUGACUAGUGCAAAUCUAUUUCCUCCCGGUAAUGCAGCUGUCCAGCAGUUUCAUCAGGCGCAUUCCCGCCCUCGAGCUAUUAGUUUAAGCAUGCUUGAUACGCCUAACGAAGUUGUGAUGAUGCGUAAUAAGCAAAAUUCAAUGUACUCUGAUUUAACUGAUCAAUCUUCACAGCAAGUGGGAUCUACACCGUCAACGAGAUCGCUUGGUGGAGAGCAAUUGAUAGGAAUGAUGGUGAGUGGGAUGAUGGAAGGUAAAAAGAAGCAGCAGCAACAAGCACAUGAAGAUGAUUACCUUUUGGACCAUAACGACAUAGAGAUGACUCGAUCUGGUUUGUCAAGUCCAGGCCUGCACACUCCUGAAUGCUCUCAAAAUACACCACCACCGCAGACACCCACUAGAUCCCUUUGGAUCGGUAAUAUUGAUCCAACCCUCACUAACGAAGAUUUGAUGCGUUUAUUUUCUCCAUAUGGUUCGAUCGAGAGUUUGAGACUGCUGCCUGAUAAGGAAUGUGGAUUCAUCAAUUUCCAUCGUGUCGAUGAUGCUGUUCGUGCUAAAGAUGAUAUUAUGGAUAGAAUGGGUGGUAGAGUAGGAAGUUGCAUUGUUCGCAUUGGCUUUGGUAAAGCCGAUGCAGCAUUCAACUCUCAUGAUCUUUCUCCAUCCUCACAAACUCAAUCGCAACCAACACGUGCAUUGUGGGUUGGCAAUAUCCCAACAUCUACUACCCCGCAAGCAUUGCAGAAUAUAUUUGCGCCAUAUGGCCCAAUUGAGUCUGCUAGAGUGUUAACGCAUAAAAACUGCGGUUUUGUUAAUUUUGAGAGAUUGGAAGAUGCUGUGAAAGCUAAAAGAGCUUUGCAUGGUAAAGAAGUCUUGGGUAGCGCAGUUGGUCCAGUCAGGAUUGGAUAUGCAAAGAACGACAAUUAUGCCGGUAACGUUGUACUUUCGAUGGUCAUGGGAACGGCCGGUGGAUUGACCGAGAAACAGCUGAUGAUGCGUGAAUUGAGUGGUGGAUCUGAUGAAGAUAUAGACGAGUCAAUCGACAACCGUACACCUAUCAAUUAUUUCACAAACAUUCCUCCCGUCGCCGAUCCAAACCCAAGUCGGAAGCCAGACGCAUCUAGAUUAAGGGAAAUACGUAAACGCCUCGAUAGUGGUCAUUGCUCUGCUAAAGAAGUUGAAUCUAUCGCUGCCGAAGUUAUGGAUGAAUGUGUAGAAUUAUCAAGCGAUUACAUUGGGAAUACCGUGAUUCAGAAGUUAUUCGAGCGAUGUACCGAGAACACUAAAUUGAAAAUGUUGGAAAAGAUAGCACCUCACAUGGCUACAAUUGGUAUUCAUAAGAACGGUACCUGGGCUGCUCAGAAAAUCAUUGAUUGCGCAAAGCAUCCUUCACAGAUGCAUUUCAUUACUUCUAAUGUUAGACCAUAUACGCCACCGCUACUGCUCGAUCAAUUUGGAAAUUAUGUCGUACAAUGCUGUCUGCGUCUUGGGCCAAGUAGGAACCAAUUUAUAUUCGAUGCAAUGGUAGAUAGAUGCUGGGAGAUUGCUCAGGGUCGUUUUGGAGCACGAGCCAUGAGAGCAUGCUUGGAAAGCCAGCAUGUAACUAAAAAACAACAGAAACAAGUUGCGAUCGCAAUAGUGAUGAAUGCUGUUUCGCUCUCUACAAAUCCGAAUGGGGCGUUGUUACUUACAUGGCUAUUAGAUACAUCCCAGUUUCCUGGUCGAUAUCGCAUCCUAUCACCCAAACUUGCUCCUCAUUUGGCACAUCUUUGCACUCACAAAUUAGCUUCACUCACAGUGCUCAAGAUCAUCAACCAACGGCAUGAAACUGACGCGAGAGAUUUAACCAUUUCCAACUUGUUCUUUUCCGCGAAUGACCAAGUACUGGAGGAGGUGCUCAGUGACCAAGUACACGGUGUUGGUGUAGUCCAAAAAGUACUAGCCAGUCCGUAUGUUGAACAAGCUGAAAAACAAAGAUUAGCCGAGAAGGUCAAACUUGUCCUUGGAAAAUUGAAGGUCCAGCAAGUUCAAGGAUACAAACGUCUCCUGGAAGAACUCGGCAUGGUUAGCGAUCCCUCUCUUAACGGUGCCUCAAUGAGCUCAGUUCAGAAUUCAGUAGGAAUGCCUCCGCCAAAUCAAGCAGCAGCAAGCACACCUACUUCAGAGAAUCCAUCGUCACCUCAACACGAGCAAUUGUCCCCAUCUGCGAGUGCUCUUCCACUAUCGAGCGAGGCAUCUACCCCAUCCGCUGGCCCUUCAGUGUCCAGUCCGUUGAAUACACCGAAUGCAUCAUUUCCACCUGCGCCACCAAUGUUCAUGAAUACAAUGCCCAUGACCGCACAUCCUCAUUCGGGCUUUCCUCCAACCGGACCAUACCCUCACAUGGGUUCUUUCACUCCGUUCGUUCAUCCGUCAACUUUGGCAGCGGUUGCAGCUGGAAUGUAUGGACAUCCGGCUAUGUUUAAUGCAGCAGCUUAUCCCUAUAUGCUAGCCGCAAGUGGUGCUAUUCCACCGCCGAUGUUGAAUACAACUCCUCCGCCUCCUGCGCAGUCUUCUCCGGAGACGGCGAUGGCUAAUGUCUCUCCACCAACUUUAUCUCGAAGUUCCGAUGGGCAAGUUCAGCAGGAAUAA